ACGUACGUAAGUUGGUCCUAAAUCAUGUUACCAUUCUCAAGCGGAUUGGCUAUGGAAAUAAAUAUGUAAAUUAGAUUAAUUAUCCACCCAGACCGAAAAAGAAAAGAAAAAAUCAAUACCUGGAUGUAUGUGAUAUUGCGGGCCCCCGCACUAGCAGAUUCAGCAUGCUAAGGCAUCAAUGGACAGCGGUUCGGACAAGGCACGGGAUAGUAUCCUGCGCCUGAGACAGGGAAACAGAACCAAGCAAACAGCGAUCAGGGAGUAAACAAAUCUGCCGCCACUUCUUGCCCCUUCCAACCAUGAGCUGAGGUCUGUUCUUCUCGAUUCAUCCGCCAAGUUCAGUCGGUAAGCGGAUGCACGAACACGGGGAGUUCGUGUGAGAUAAUAUCUGCCGGCCCAUCUUUGUUUUCAGUGAUAGAGAAAGGUGUUAAUCCUGCCCAAACGAGAAGGCCAAAACGGAGGAGGGGAAUGGAAAGGAGGGGUUACAGGGAACACGAUGUGUCACGCUCCCCUAUCGCUUUUGAAGCGGUCCGAUUUGCUCACUUUCUUCUCACCUUGGGCUACCAUCAUUCCUUCCCAUUUUCCUGUGGGUAAGUAGGCUCCUUGCGCGUCCUUUCGUCAUUGAUAUGAAGUUCGCGUGUAGUCAUCUCUCCGUGAAAUCGAAAAUUUCGGUCAUUAUCGAUGCUUCAACACGAUGAAGUAAUGACGACUACCCGAGACAUGCGAGGAAACAGGGCCUCCUAAAGGCUUCUUCCCCUUCUUUAAUUGCCUCCGGGAACCCGGUAUGUCUUAUAAAAACGCAAUUGCUGCACUGUCAUGAAGACGAGCAUGGGGAGGGUGGCCGAUCAUCUUUGAGAGCAGAGUGUUCGCCAAAAGCAGCUUCUCUGUGUCUUUCCACGCCAACGCCGUGACGAGUCUGGGCAAUGCGGUAUCCGUGGAAGUGUGCAGAGGUUCGGGGCUACGUCUGACAACGUUCGUAUACCCCGAGUGAUUAAGGAUUAAGAGUAUGCUGAGAGCCGCUCCCCUCUUUCGUCGUCUGAUGUUUGGUCUGAUUCUCUACUGCCUGGUGCCCCGGCCCUGGCUCCGGUCAUUCGACUCAGGCUUGGGGCCGUGUUUGCGUGAAAGGGUUCUGGAAAAUCCCGGGCCUCGUUACGUUAUCGGAACGGCCCAUAUAGCGAGGCAGUCCCACUAACAAUUCUCUCCAACUAACAUUUUUUUUUGUUAGUCCAUUGGUCGUUUGGUUUUUCAUCAACCAUUUUCUAAAAACGGGUUCUUAAUUCCCGGGUUCUUGAUGUUCCUCUCUCAUGCACAGCCGUUUGUGCGUGGUUGGAAGGUUCGGUUGACAGCGGCUAGAAUAUUCCAAAGUUACAAAUCAGGUUCGGCAAGAUCAUUGUUGGAGAGCGGGUCAUACGCACAUACAGGACUGUACCGGCACUCGUACUCACACGUAAGACCCCCCCCCUAUCGCAUCAGUGCUCUCCGAGAUCCUUGGAAUUUGAAAUUCGCCGGAUCCGCUCCCCCCUCCGAUGGAUUGAUGGGUAAGGAGCGCGAGGGGGAGGAGGGGGGGAGGUGAAAAGAAGGAGAGAAAUCGUGGCUAAUCUCGGGUAUAAAGGGAGUACCUCAUCUGCAAGCUCGAGUAGAGAUAGUACGGUAUCGUACCUACCGUACUUUGCAGUGCUCGAGUACAGUACCGUACUUGUACCUACUACCGGUGCAUAUAGAGGUAAGGACUUGUAUACACAUUUUUUAUAGACCCUUUAACCUUCAUCUCUGGAGUUUGAGUCUCUCGUGACACAGAUGAAUUUCAGCGAGAUCCGUAUGAUGGUGGUACUCGAGUACAGCGGGCUGCGAUUUCAGUCAACCGAAGGAUCUCCUGAACAGAGAAUCCACGGGUACCCGAGCAGUUUGCGGGAUCGAGUGAGGAGAGCCAAAUCAGCGCCUCUUUUGCUUUUUGAUGUGGAUACCUAGCCAUAUCAGGAAUAGUCAGACAGAUGGUGAAUUUCACAGCGCCCAACCGAGACGAACAAACUCCCUGAAGUAGUUAGAACCGAGAGCAACUAUUUCUACUCGAGUAUUCUGACCCCAAAUUGGGUAAAACGCCAUUAGCUUCCUACCAAACAAAGCAGAAGGAACAUCCAGAAAAAGGAUUCACACCCCUGAUUCUACCGCACUGAAAUUACAACCCCCAACCCGGCGGCGGGUGCGAAAGAGACCCCUUUCCAAGUCUGUGUUCGCCCUCUCAUCCACCAAGGGUUACCUUUUCAUCCAAGGGCUCCCUUGGGGUUCUUCCCUCUUUCUCCUCCUUUCCCCCUUCUUUUCCUCUUCACCCUCACUUCGGUCCCCUAUCCUAAUCCUCCCCCCUCCAUUCCAUUCUUUCCUUUCCGACGAGCAAUUCCAAUUGUCCGGCUUCACUCUUUCGCUGGUCUUUUUGAAUUGUUUGCAAUCACUCACUCACUCACACUCUCUCUAAACAAGAAGAAGCAAAGGACGAAGGUAGUUUCACCCUCACUCCACCUUCUCGGUACCUCUUUUACCUCACGGUAUUCGUUUCCACUUACUCUUCGUUAAAUUUGUUAGCGGCACAAUUCGGCCUUAGUAAUAGUGAGUCUCCACUAAUCUUUCAUUUAUACAAUUGCUCCGCUGCGCAAUGUUGGCUGGACCGGCCGGCUGUGUUGCCCACUAUACCGCCGCGUGCCAAACUUCCAAAUUUAGAUUGCCUCUGGCCUUUAUCUCACUGUGCCGGGCUUUGCAUCAUACUUGCACAGCGCAAUCAUUCUUACCCGCCUCCACACCCCGGUUACAACUUGGCUCUGCCACAACCGGCCCUCUCCAUUCUGCGCCCUUUGUUCUAUUUUCCCUCUUCAUGGCGUCCUGUCCCAUAGGUUUUGUUGCGCUUGCUGAUGAGACAUUGCUGAACAGCUAAAUCAGCCACGGUCGUUUCUUGUACACCGCCCUAAUCGACAAAACAGCCUCCUCCCCCUCCCUCGUCCAGAAGUUCUUGGCUCAGUCUUCCCCGCUCGCUAGUUUCACGAUACCCCGAGAGCAAACGCCGACGAAUAAAACGAGUGGCAGCGCAAUAUCACCCUUUCUUUCGCAAUGCCUGCUAUCAUUACACGCCGUGACGACGACCGCCCGCCGGGUGCACACGAGAAUAACAUCAUGACCCACCUUCUCAUUACUCUAGUCGUUUUAGUUUCCUUCGGUUUGGUGCUUGGAGGCUCACUCUUCUUCAUCCGCCGCAUUCGCAGAAGCCGUAAAGUUGCUGGUACCCUGCCCUCUUACGAAGCAUCGAACAAGAAUCACCGUGGCCUUACCAUUUCUACCCGUGAUUCUGCCCUUGUAUACUCCGAGAAACAACAUCUCAUCGAUAAUUCAUCACCGAUGCCUCUUACACCCGAGAGUAUUCCCGAAAUCCGGAUAACAUUCCCAGAAGAGGAGGAUAAGCAAGGGCGCAGAGUCUCCGGCAGAGUUGUGGUUGUAGAGGUUGGUGAGGCUGGAGUUGGCUUUGUUCGUCCCAUGGAAAACGAUGGUCUUCCACCAUACCAACAAAAAUCGGAGGAAAGAUUUGCAUCGGUUGACCUGGAUAGAAUCGGUGGAUUGAAAGAGAAGGAGACUGCUCCCUAAAGAAUUCAGCUGUUGGAAAAAGGUGAUGGUAGUGGCGGAUCACCUUUUUUAUGCGAGUCUUUGGGAGUUUGUUCAUUCUUUUUCAUACGGUCAAAUUUUCAUCACCUGUAUCGACUUCCUUUUUUUUUGGCGCAGGCGGAGAAACGAACGGAUGGAGUCAGCAGUCACUCCUUCUCCGGUCAUGUGAUCUAUUUGCCGAAACGAUGUGGAUCUCAUAUCUCGACUUUAUUUUAUGAGGGGGUUAUCUUGGUCACGGCUGGGUUUCUUUUUGAUGUUUGGGAACGGGCGCUUGGGGAAUCCCUCUCGGAUAGGGGCCGAAGGGCAGGCGAUGAGCUACCCUCCUACCUCCCUCGUCAGAUGGGUACGAUACCAAAAAAAAAAAAAAGAUCGUAUUCGACGUGGCACCAGUUCUCGUUUCUCUGCAGCCGAUUGCUACCCUUUCUAACCAACUCUCACGGUUUCUUUCGUUCUGGGGUCCCUAUUUAACGUGUAAUAGUUCUUAAUUAUUUUGUAUAUGUCUAUGACUUUCCCUUCGAUAUAACACCCAUCACUUUCUAUUUUCGGAGUCAGUCGUCUUUGAUACCCCCUUUGUCCCCUCUGCCCGUGUAUAAUAGGCGCACGAUUGGAGGAGCUUUUGUCGAUACCCUUUUUUUUUCGCUUCUUAUCACCUAACCUAACCAUUUUCUUCUUUUCUUCACAUCUGCCCUCGGAGAGGGGAAAGAUACCUUGACGGAACUGUUGGGUUUGAAAGUUUUGUCAAAUAAUAUGUAUGGUCUAGUCGUUACGCUACUUUACGCUAGCUCGUUCCAGCUAAACCGAGAGAGCUGAGAAAUUCAGAUGUCAAUUGUCUUGUCGUUUUUCUUCCACCACCACGAACCACUCAGGUCAAUUCACUUAUGCAUGACCAUUCAAGAUUCCGAGGUGAAGGAGAAGAACAGAGAGAGAGAGAGAACUAAAUUUACUCGUGGAGGCGCUGUCGAAGAUCUAGACCUCCCUUCCCCUACCUUCCCUCCUUACUCCGGCCUCAUCGUAUAACAGGCGAUGGGGGCCGGUGCUCAGUACUAUACCGUACCUGCUAUUCUUAUAGACAACAGGUAAUCGGGGAUGGAAAAGACAGGGGAUCAAGAUGCCAAAAGUUUUUCCACCCUUCCUGGCAUCAUUCCUACCAAAUAGAAAAUUUCUUCUCUCUACCUCCGACUAUUGAGCUCCUGGACUCAAAACCCCCAGUCCGUCCCAUCACUAACCACCACACCCGAGUAACUCACCCGAAUACCGUACAAGGAUUAAAUAAAUGUACGAAUGUGGCAAAUCGCCCGUGCACACCAGAGCUCCCAUCCAAAAUUCAAAGUCCGAUAUUAAAAUACCGUACGGUCCUCGAGCAACCGUACCGUAGUCUACCGGUAAUUAGACCACGAAGUAUGACACCAUAACUUGAUCCGUACUUGCACUCGUACGAAAAAAAAAAAAAAAUUUAAAAAAAAAAGCGAACCCUCCCU